CCCCUUCGCUGGAGGUGAGGUGUAGAAUUACCCCACUCUUUGUUACACCUGCUGCGAGCCUUGGCCCUACCUAGGUACUCUAUAUUACAGUGCAAUGCUGUAAUCUUACUGUGCUUUUACGCCGGGGAAUGAAAUGUGUCCAUCAGCCUCGCCAGCUACCUUGUCAGCUUGCAUUAAAGCAGCUUCUUUUCUUUCAACUUCUGUACGUGUAGGCAACUUUCGGGCUCGCACUAGGGAUUUUCAAACAACGCGGGUGUCUGCGAUAGCGAAUAUCAUUCGUUUUCACCUUGGCGCGUUGUACCAUCUCUUGACUUGGCAAUGGAGGCCCUUCGAUCAGCUCUGCAGCCACUGCGGCCGCUCACUCACAACUUGCCCGCGCCCAUUCGCGAUCUCGGCGUAUCCAUCAUCGGCGAGACCUGUUACCAGCGCCUACUUCUCGAUCUAGACCCGACCGACUCUGCAUGCCUCAAGCUAGCCAUAUCGAAGGGCCUGGGUAUUGGCAUCAUUGGUGCCUCCUCGAUUGUCAAAGUCCCCCAAAUCAUCAAGCUCGUCAACUCCAAGUCGGCCUCAGGCGUCAGCUUCCUGUCCUAUCUACUCGAGACCACGUCGUACCUCAUCACCCUCGCCUACAACGUUCGGAAUGGAUUCCCUUUUAGCACCUACGGCGAGACUGCUCUGAUCCUCGGCCAAAAUGUCAUCAUCACCGUCCUCGUUCUUAACUACAGUGGCCGCGCCAGUAUGGCUGCACUGCUUGUUGCAGCUCUUGCCGCGAGUGUUGUCACGUUGUUCAGCGGCAAUUUGCUCGACAUGCAGGCUUUGGGCUAUUUGCAGGCCGGUGCCGGCGUGCUAGGUGUUGCAAGCAAGAUACCCCAGAUUGCUGCUAUCUUUCAAGAGGGUGGGACAGGCCAGCUCAGCGCCUUUACGGUCUUCAACUAUCUCGCCGGUUCGCUCUCGCGCAUCUUUACAACACUGCAGGAGGUGGAUGACCAGCUGAUCUUGUACGGCUUCAUUGCGGGGUUCACGUUGAAUUGCGUCUUGGCGAUUCAGAUGGUGUACUACUGGAACGCGCCUUCUGCCAAGGCUAAGGGAAAGAUGAAGGAAGUGCCUCUCUCUGCGCCUGCGCCGAGUUCAGGUGUUUCUUCUUCUGCGUCGCCCAGAAGCAGUAAAGGGCCGACAACACGCCGCAGAGGCUAAGUAACUGUUUUCGUGUUCUGCAAAACUGGUACGCCUGUGAAGGCCAUCAUAGCGUGUAUCUGGAUCUUAAUAUUUUAAUAUCAAUUCACCGUUCUCUUCUCAGUUGUGUUUUAUUAGUGUCCUCAUCCUGACUGUCACACCAGGCUUGGCAAUGCACUAACCUAGACCCCUAUUGCUUCUAUCUAUGUGCUAGGUGCCGAAGGUACCUAAUGAAGAUAAGUUGUUGUCUUGCAGUGUUGCCAUCCUUGAACCUAAUUGCACUAUCUACCUAGUGUAUCAU